GCCGGGGGGGGCCGGGGCGGGACGAUGCAGAGCAUCAAGUGCGUGGUGGUGGGCGACGGGGCCGUGGGGAAGACCUGCCUCCUCAUCUGCUACACGACCAACGCCUUCCCCAAGGAGUACAUCCCCACGGUCUUCGACAACUACAGCGCGCAGAGCACCGUGGACGGCCGCACCGUCAACCUGAACCUGUGGGACACGGCCGGCCAGGAGGAAUACGACCGCCUGCGCACCCUCUCCUACCCGCAGACCAACGUCUUCGUCAUCUGCUUCUCCAUCGCCAGCCCCCCGUCCUAUGAGAACGUCAAGCACAAGUGGUACCCGGAGGUGUGCCACCACUGCCCCGAUGUGCCCAUCCUGCUGGUGGGCACCAAGAAGGACCUGCGGGCUCACCCCGACACCCUCAAGAAGCUCAAGGAGCAGAGCCAGCUGCCGAUCACCCCCCAGCAGGGUCUGGCACUGUGCAAGCAGAUCCACGCCGUCAAGUACCUCGAGUGCUCGGCCCUGCAGCAGGAGGGCAUCAAGGAGGUGUUCGCCGAGGCCGUCCGGGCUGUGCUCAACCCCACCCCCGUCAAGCGGGGCCGCUCCUGCUUCCUCUUGUGACCGGCUCUGGGGGAGCGGGGCACGACCCGCCAGGCUCACGGUCCCAUCUGCCCCCCCUCCCGCCGCCCCCUGCCCCCCUACCCCCCUGCUGACCAUCCUGUUGAGCUUCAGACACCAAGCUCCCAGAGAGUGGAAGGGUGGGGGCUUUCUGGGAACGGGACGGAGGGGGACGGCAGGAGCCUCCACAGCCUCACCCCUCCCUAGCUGGGCCCCCUCCUGCCCCUCUCUCUCGGUGCCCCGGGGUGGGAAGCGAUACAGUCCAUCCCAGGGGAGGGGGUUCUGUGCAGCCCCCACCCUCCUUCCUCCUUCCCUGCUUCCUGUGGGACUCUCCUUCCCUAAGGUCAGGAGGCCAGUGGGGAGCGGAAAAGGAAUUUCUCUGAGGCCCCCUGAGACCACCACCACCAGCAGCAGCAGCAGCAGCAGCAGCCGCAGCCCCCUCCCCAGCCGCCCCCUCUGAGGAAGGCCAUUUGCCUCCCCUUCCAGCCGAGACUCCAGCUCACCAGCUCACCCACUAACCCAGGGAGUGUCCCACUUGGGCUCCCUGCAUCCCGCAGCCAGCUCAGCUGCUCCCGGCAUUUGGCUCCCGGCACCCCAGAGGCCUGGGACCUGAGGAGCAGACCAGGAUCCUGAGAAGAGGGCGGGAGGGGAAAGGGGCGCAUGUUGCCUCCCCCCUUCCCCCUCGCAGAAGUCUCCCUCCCCGCCUCGCCCCAGCUCCCUGAGAGCCUCCGCUUGGCAAAGCAGAGAGGGUAGGGGGAAACCAGCCCCCACACCUCGGCUACAUCAAUAAACCAGUAUCCAA